ACAAAAGAACAAACAAACAAAAAAAACAACUCAUCUUACAUACAUAUAUUCUAAUCGCCCUAUGGUCUCUGCUCCUUUUCCAUAUCUAAGUAUAAGAUUGAAGUCUACUACUACUUUACUAGUACUUUUAGUUUUACUUAGAUCCUUUGCACAUCUCAGUACCAGGAAUCAAUUAUCAAAAUCCUCUAUCAUCACCUCAACAUAGUACCACCUAAGACUGGAAAGUCAGACAGAGACAGACAAACACUAACAGCAGACAACUUUAGCAGUAGAAGACUGUCCAAGAGUUGAAAUAUGAGUCUGGCAUGUCUUGUGUGUCACAGCGUAGAAAGUCCAUCACAUUCUUUCAGGAGUUACUCCGUUUCAAGUUCUGACAAUGAUGGGAGAUGUUCAGCUAUUGCCAACUGCUUAGCAAGGAAGUCAUCCCUAAUACCCUUAGCGGCGAACUCUUGUAUCGCAUCAUCAUCCAAAGUGAGUCCACAACCAACAAUUCCAAGCAACAAUGGAAUGGUGGGUGCCCCACGUCUUGUCCGAAGCCGUGCUGUGAGAAGGGAUCUUGUGAGAGACUGGAAUUUUGAUGAAGUUGUGAUGGGGCGUUAGUUUUGUUAGUGUGGGCAUAGGAAGAGUACAGGGCUCUUCUUGAGGGAUAGGUUUAGAGCAUGGUCUUGCUUUCUUUUCUAAUGGGUGCAAUUGAAUCCACUCUCUGUGGUAGAAGAGUUGGGCAUUUGUAACCAUUUAAGAAAAACCUGGAAUUUUUUUUCUUUUUGUGUUAACUUGUCCAUAUUUUUGUUCUCUAUUGCUGAUUGAUAUUGGCAAAGUUGUGCUUUCUUUCUGGUUAUGCGUAGCUGGACUUUAGCCCCUUAAUAUAAGAACUUUUUUUUUCUUUUU